AUGCCCGCCACGGCGUCCCGUGCCGUGCUUCGGCAAUCGCAGUUCCUGACCCGCAGGUCUGCGGUCAGGUACGCUUCUUCGACCUCCGAAGCCGCUUCCAAGGCUGGUGAGACUGCUUCCUCUGCUGCCUCGAAGGCGUCUGAGGGUCUUUCUCGCGUCUCUUCGACGGCUGGCCCCGCCAUCUCGAACGCCGCCCAGGGUCUCGGUAGCGCCCUCAGGAAGGUCGGUGGAAGGACCGGAAAAGUCAUCGCUUUUGUCGAUUCCAUGAUACCCCCUACCGUCUACUACUCGAAGGUCGGAAUCGAGCUUGCUAAGCUGGUCUUCCGUGGCCAGAACAUGACUCCUCCCAACAUGGCCACCUUCCAGGCUUACUUCCAGCCUCUGACCAACGCCUUCCGUAACCCUGCCGCCUUCAAGAACUCCAGCUUCGCUCCCUCGAACAUCAUCUCCCGCGUUCGUACCGCCAACAAGAAGGAGAUCGCUCUGGCUGGUGUCACCGCUGCGGAGAUCGUUGGUUUCUUCACCGUUGGCGAGAUCAUCGGUCGGAUGAACAUCGUCGGCUACAAGGGACAGCCUGAGCACCACGGACACCACUAG